UACAUAUCUAUUCUGAAAUGAAUAUGUUUGGAUCUCCAACCCGAAAUGUCCAGCUUAGCUGCUUCCCGUGCCAGGUUCCAGACACUGAAGCAAGGCCUGCGUCUCGUCUCACAUUGGAGCUUAGGGAGCUCUGAAUCGGUCAGGCUCGCGAAGCUGCGGCAAAUAGUGCUGCAGAAGCGCAACAAACUACGCAGCGUGUCUCCGUCAGCAUCAGACUACUCAGACUAUUCGGACACCGACUCUGCGGGUGCCCAGGGCGACCAAACCAAUUCCAUUUGGGAUGCGGACCGACAGGUGCCUCCUGGACAAUGGGAGGUGCCACCAGGACCGCGCCAUGACUCCUAUGAACCUGAGGGCUUUGCUUUUCCUCAUUUUCAUCCAGCUCACCCAGUCCAUCCUCCGCACUUUCUUCCGGCUUACCCGGUACAUCACAUGCCACCGCAUUUUCACCAGCCGGAACUUUAUGGAUUCGCACCGCGCCACCCCUAUGAGUGGCAUGGCCUUCCUCCACAAGAGAUGGAAGAGAGAGACAAUGCGCAAAGCGAUGCGGAGGAUCCUCCGGGCGAGAAGCCCCGUUCUGCAAAAGGGGAAGAUGAUCCCUUGAGACGGAAAGCUUGGAAACGAUUGCCAGAUGGUCCUCUCGAGGAGCAGGAACCUUCUGUAAACAGGAGAGCACGGCUUCAAGCCCGAGCUGAUCACGUCGUGAAAGAGCGUAGAGAAGGAAUGAGGACGAUCAAGAUCUCCAACAUCCCGAAGUCAGUUUCACUGAAGCACCUGCAGGAGCUGUUUGCGACUGUCGGACAGGUGAAACAUGGCAAGAUGGAUGGGAAUGGUGAAGCGUUUCUCACAUUUGAUCAAGCGCAUCAUGCAGCAAAGGCUGCUGAACUCUUCAGCGAAGGAACGCUUGAUGGCCACACGAUCGAGGCUGCAUCCUCCAGCUUUGGUAUUGAUACCAUUACAUUGUCACGGUUGGCUGCCGGCAUGGGAGGUACAUCUCCAUGAUACAUGAGUGGAAAUGUGAGAAUUCCGUCAAAUGCAAAUAGAUUAU